UUAAUCUCUGUAUAUUAUAAUUAUUUACACACACAUAUGCACAUAUAGAGCGUGUAUAUAUAGACACUAGGCACUAGGAAAAACUCAUUUUUCUUAGUAUCUUCUGCAAACAACUCCUAACUCCGCAAUGGAACCUACCCAACAAACACACCACAUAGCCAUUCUACCCACACCCGGGAUGGGUCACCUCAUCCCACUCACUGAGUUCGCCAAGCGACUCGUCCUCCACCACCACUUCUCCGUCACCUUCUUCGUCCCCACCGACAAUUCGCCAAUGAAGUCCCAAAAGGCCGUUCUCGAAUCCCUACCCAGCUCCAUAAACUACAUCUUCCUCCCGCCGGCGAGCUUCGACGACCUCCCCGACGGCGACCGGAUCGAAACCCGUAUCUCACUCAGCGUGACUCGGUCACUCCCGGCUCUCCGCGACUCGUUCAAGUCCUUGACCGAGUCAACUCGUCUGUCCGCCCUGGUCGUUGAUCUUUUCGGUACGGACGCGUUUGACGUGGCGAAGGAAUUCGGUGUUCCGCACUACAUUUUCUUCCCUACAACCGCGAUGCUACUGUCGUUGAUCUUCUACUUACCCAAGCUUGAUCAGUCGACUGAUUGCGAGUACAGAGAUCUAACAGAACCGGUGAAAUUACCCGGGUGUGUUCCGAUUCAUGUUGUUGACCUGAUAGACCCGCUUCAAGAUAGAAAGAACAGUGCCUACAAGUGGACUCUUCACCAUGCCAAAAGGUAUGUUAUGGCUCAUGGAAUUAUGGUGAAUAGCUUCAUGGACUUGGAACCGGGUUCAUUUAAGGCUUUGAGGGAAGAUUGGCCGGGUAUGCCGCCGGUUUAUCCGGUUGGACCGCUGGUUCAGGCCGGUUCAGACCGGGUUGAUGGGUGUGAGUGCUUGGAGUGGUUGGAUCAGCAGCCUAAAGGGUCAGUCCUAUUUGUGUCAUUUGGGAGUGGUGGCACAUUGUCCCAUGAACAGCUAAAAGAAUUGGCAUUUGGAUUGGAGAUGAGUCAGCAAAGGUUUGUUUGGGUUGUCAGAAGCCCACAUGAAGAGGCUUCAUAUGCCACUUACUUCACUGCCCAAACCAUUAAGGACCCUUUUGAUUAUUUACCAAAAGGGUUCAUGGAUAGGACCAGAGGGUUGGGUCUAGUGGUCCCAUCAUGGGCACCUCAGGUUCAGGUCCUGAGCCAUGGUUCCACUGGAGGGUUCUUGACCCAUUGUGGGUGGAACUCAAUCUUGGAGGGUAUAGCCUAUGGGGUGCCCUUAAUUGCUUGGCCACUCUAUGCAGAGCAGAGGAUGAAUGCGGUGUUACUUACCGAUUAUCUGAAGGUCGCGUUGCGGGUUCGGAUGAAUGAGAAUGGCAUAGUGGGAAGAGAGGCCAUUGCGAAGUAUGUAAAAGGGCUAAUUGAAGGAGAAGAAGGGUUGGUGAUUAGAAAAAGGAUGAGAGAUCUAAAAGAUGCAGCUGCAAUGGCUUUGAGCCAAGAUGGGUCGUCAACGAAGUCACUCGCCGAGGUGGCUCAGAUGUGGAGUAACCAGGAAUACUAAUACAUCCACGUAGUUUGGACUAGAACUCUCUCCCUCCUUUCUGUUUCAAUGUCAUAAAUGAAAAAAUAGUGUACCAAGUAUCUUUAUUACCCUGGUUAAUGAAUACCCGUUAUUUUCAACAUAAAAUACUCUUUCUGUCUUAAAAAAAAAUGUUAAGUCUUGUUUUUUAAUCCGUCUCAAUAAAAUAGUUCUUUUUUUUUUUUUUUAA